CCUGCGCGCCCACAGCGGACUCUGACAUCUCUUCUCAACAGUUUAAUGUUACUGACAGAGGGAGGGUUGUCCUGAAAGUUUUUUUAGCAGAAGAAACUUUUAUUUCCUCAGCAUUAGACGGUUCUUGUGAGACAUGUUUGGUCCCUUUCAGGCGUAGAAGUAUAAAACUUAUAAACGCAUCAUGGGUUGAAUCUGACAUCUGAGGAGGAUCCGGCGAUGAAAGAGGGUCGAGAUCAAACUCACAGGUAACCAUGGUGAAGGAGAGUCUGCCCAGCUGGGUCCACCAGGACUCUGACGAGGGUCUCGUCCACGUGAACGUCGGAGGUCUGAAGAGGAGUCUCUGUUCCAGCACACUGAAGAAAUUCCCCGACACCAGACUGGGGAAACUGCUAGCAUGUGAUUCAGAGGAGGACAUACUGCAGGUGUGUGAUGACUACGACGUGCAGCAGAAGGAGUUUUAUUUUGAUAGGAAUCCUGGCCUCUUCCCUUACGUCCUCCACUUUUACCAGACGGGCAAACUUCACAUCAUGGAGGAGCUGUGUGUGUUCUCCUUCAGUCAGGAGAUAGAGUACUGGGGCAUCAACGAGUUCUUCCUGGACAGUUGCUGCAGUUACCGUUACCACGACCGCAAGCUGGAGAGCAGCCGGCAUCACAGCUGGGACGACGAGAGCGACGUCAGCAGCAUCGACACAUCUGUGGACGAGAUAUCGGACUUAAACAGAGACAUGCAGCAUUUCCAGGAGGUGCGUUAUGGGAACAUCAGGAAGUGUCUGUGGUUGACGCUGGAGAAUCCAGGGUACUCCAUCCCCAGCAAGCUCUUCAGUCUGGUCUCAAUCGGGGUGGUGCUCACAUCCAUCGCUACCAUGUGUAUAAACAGCAUCCCAGAGUAUCAGGUGUUUGAUGAUGAAGGGAAGUUGAUCGAAGACCCGACCAUGCAGGCUCUGGAGGUGUUCUGCACCUGCUGGUUCACCUUCGAGGUGGUGACGCGGCUGCUGCUCGCACCGAACAGGAGGAAGUUCUUUCAUCACCCUCUGAACAUUAUCGACAUGGUGUCUGUGGCUCCCAUCUACAUCAUACUGGCGUUUGACUUGACUGUGGGAUCAGAGUCUGAACUGGGAGACCUGGGACGACUCAUACAGGUGUUCAGGUUAAUGAGGAUCUUCAGGGUUUUGAAGUUGGCCCGGCACUCGACAGGACUGCGGUCACUAGGAGCAACACUUCGGCACAGUUACCGUGAGGUCGGCAUCCUGCUGCUGUACCUGGCUGUCGGAGUGUCCGUCUUCUCUGGGAUCGCUUACACCGCUGAAUAUGAAGAGGAUGUUGGUCUGGACACCAUCCCGGCGUGCUGGUGGUGGGGUACCGUGAGCAUGACCACAGUGGGCUACGGGGACGUGGUGCCCGUCACGGUGGCCGGGAAACUGGCGGCCAGCGGCUGCAUCCUAGGCGGCACCCUGGUGGUGGCGCUGCCCAUCACCAUCAUCUUCAACAAGUUCUCCCACUUUUACCGGAGACAGAAAGCUCUGGAGGCGUCGGUGAGGAACAACCACCGCAGGAAGAUGAGGAUGAGCUGCGAGAACGAGCCAGAGGAGGAUGAGGAGGAGGAGGAGGAGGAAGAGGGGUCGGACGGGGACAGCAGGUGUCUGGACGAUGACGACACAGAUGACAUCGAGGAGGACGAUAUAGAUUAUGAGGAUGAAGGAGGUGUAAUAAAUUAUAGCUACGUGGAACAUCCGUCCUACACGUCCAUGCUGAGGAAGAAGGAGCUGCAUCAGCUGUGAGGAGCUGCUGGAGGUUCACACUGGAGAGUUAAACUGUUUUCAUGUCACAUGAAAACCAACAGGAAGUCUGAUUUGACCAUGACCAUGACUUUCAUCUGGUCAGUCCAGUUGGCAGAGGAAAAUGUUGAAUUGUACGUUUCUGCAAACCAUGAAUAUGUUACAUUUGCAUGUUUCAUAUGUAUCAUAUAACAUUUCGAAAAUGACAUAGUAAAUGACAUCAUCUGUAGAUGGAGGGGAUGGUGGAUGGCGUAUCACCUUGGCAAGUUGCCUGCUAGCUGCAGACCAACACACAAUAAAACUAGUUGUGACCUAGCGAGUCAUCACUGUCCUUCCAGCAGCUUUUUCUGCACAAAAAGAGGUUGUAUUUUACAGAGACAUUACGAUGUUUACUGGCAGGAUUGUGCCCCAAGGCCUGAACUUUAAGCCAAGACAUGAUUUUUUCCCAACCAUAAACCAAGUGGGUUUUGUGCCUAAACCUUAAUGUAAAGUUUCAUAGUAUCUGCUACAUAAUAGUGUGCAAAUGUAACGUAUCCAUGGUUUGCAGAAACGUUUGAUGCCAGCAUUUUUUGUCCUGCAGUUGGGUCAACCUGAUCCAGGGCCUUGCAAAUGUCGUGAACUGUCACAAUUCAUGUGUCCCAACAGCUUGAAACAAUUUGACUGAACAAACAAACGAUAAAUGAUUCAAGAAGGCAGUUUGAUCAGAUGCUUCUAAGAAUCAAAGUUAGAGGAUCCGUGUUGUAAAUGACUGACUAAUGUCUUCCAUGACAGACUGUUGCGACUUGAUGUUCUGUUUGAUCUCAUUCGUCUGUGCAUGUCGGGUGUUUCAGGACGAACGUUUGUUGUCACUGAUACUGGAUCCGUUUGUCUGUGAAAAACACGAAUGCGAAGAAUCACUGGAAAGGCCUGCAGUGCGUUAGGAAUGAUGAUAAACUGAACUGAACAGGAACUGAAAAAGCAUGCACGCAAUGUGAU